AUGGAGGACUCUGCCAGAGUGAGUAUGAACAAACACAACAACCAGGAGAGCCUCACCUUUGUGAAAAACUACCAACCUGGAAACAGUGACGUCAGUCGUCUCAGGAUUCUGCUUCAUGGACCAAUCGGUGCCGGCAAGUCCAGUUUCGUCAACUCCGUGGACACUGUCUUACAAGGCAGAGUUACCGGUCGAGCUCCGACAGAUGCAAUCUCUGGGAGAAGCUUCACCACAAAGUACAAGACGUACAAGUUCAGGAAAGCUUCGGGUGGCUUUUAUUCUGUCGUUUUCAAUGACAUCAUGGGAUUCGAGAAAGCCACUAACACUGGAGUUGAUGUGGAAGAGGUCAAACUGGCCCUGAAAGGACAUGUUGCAGAAAAUCACGAGUUCAAUCCCCAACGGCGGUUGAUGGAGGGUGAUAAAGGUUACAGGUCAUCUCCCACUCUGGCUGACAAAGUUCAAGUCCUGGUUUGUGUCAUUCCUGCCGACCAAAUAGAUUUCAUACCUAAAGAAGUUGUGGAGAAGCUAAGAGAUGUCAGACUCGCAGCCAGUGACAUGGAAAUUCCCCAACUGGUUAUUAUCACCAAAGUGGAUGAAGCCUGUCCUGAGGCGAAAAGAGAUCUGAAGAAUGUCUACAAGAGCAUUCACCUGAAGGAAAUGGUCGACAAAUGCCACCUUUUAUUGGGGAUUCCAGUGAACUGCAUCUUUCUUGUGAAGAACUACAGUUCAGAAAUCAGCCUCAAAGAUGAGACUGAUGCUCUGAUACUGAGCGCACUGAAGCAGAUGGUUAACUUUGGUGACGACUACGUCAGCUACCUCGAGUAGACCUGCUGCUGCUGAGGCAAACACAUUCUCAUGAAUGGGUUUGUAUGAUUCCCCACAAAAAGUAGCGCACUGAAAUUCAUAUCAUCCAUUAAGUUUACAUUAAGCUUAGGUGCCAACAGCAGAGUUAAUGUGAGGAAAAAAGAACAGGGUUAGGGUUAUAAAAGCUACUUCUGUACACAACUUCCAACGGGACACGAACACCAGCUUCCAGGUCUGCUGGUCUCCUGUUGUUCUGGCCUCAGGCAUUAAAAACAUUUUUUGCUGACUGGGC